AUGGCUACGAUGGACAAUAUUAUUGAUGUUAGAGUGGAACUUGAUAAAAUUCCUAAGAAAGAAGAAGGUGGAAUCCUAACUUACGGUGGUAUGCGCUAUACAUUUACCGUAAUUAGCGGCGAAAAUGAAGCUAUUUUACCGGGAUACAGAUGGUUUAUCCACUCGGUUAAAGAAAAGAAUAUAUGGGAAGAAGGUAUGACAGCACUUUGUAACGUCUUUUGUGAUCGCCGGGAUACAGGUCUGACCGAGAUUUUUGAGUUUAGUACCGAUAUUUACGUUUAUUAUCAAGCCAACAACUAUCCCAGAGGACCUCUGUUCCUACGGUUUGCACCGUUUGUAGAUGAAGAACUCUUUGAUAGACGGGAAUUUUGUCAUACAAACAAAGAAGAAAUAUUGAAUUACCAAAGGAAAGAAAGGUACUAUUGCAGAAAUAAGGAUGGAAAGUGGACUGGGUAUCGAUCUAAGGAUUCAGAACAUAUAAGUACUAAAAACAUCUUAAGAAUCUUGGAGGCAAUUACAGAUAAUGGAUAUUUCAGCUAUGAAGAUCAUCCCGAUAUGAACAUGGAGAUCUAUGACAACUCUAGAUAUUUGCGGAGUAUAGUAAGGUACAGAAAGACUCAAGCUGAAGUGGAGAAUGGAUUUGUAGGUGCAACAGGAGCAGAUAUAAGGCAUGUAGCUGUUGAGAUCCCCGGAGGUACCCACAAUUCAGACCUGGGAUGGAAGAUAGGACUUAGUCUACUAAUGGUAUUUGUCGCACUAGCGGCUAUCUUUUAUGCCAUCUUUAAUAGACGAGCCAUAGGAAUCCUGAACAAGUAG